CUACGACCUCCGAGGGUCCAGAAUGUGUCCCAUAAAUGAGACUGCCCUUUUAAUUAGUUUGUUGAUUCGGUGAGCCUCUCUUGAAGUGAUGUCACCGGACCAGCACACCACACUGACCAUCACAAAGUUGUAGAAGAUGUCAAGGAUGUCACUUCCCACACUAAAGGAUCUCAGUGUUCUGCUCUGUCUUUUCUUUUCCAGUUCCUCUCUGUUACAAGACCAGUCAAGCGUGUCAUGGAUGUGAACCCCCAAAUACUUGUAACAAUGCACCACCACUCCCAGGCAUAGGGUCUCUUCGAUGUGGUGUUUCUGUGGUUUUGCUGAUGUUAAGUUGCAGACAUUUCUCCACAAGUUCUCCAUUCGACUCUUCUCCUCAUCUCGUCCCCCUUGUCAAUACACAGCGUUAGUGCAGAAUCCUCAAAGAAUUUCUAAGUGACAUGACCUGCUACUAUAUUUACAGUUAUAUUUAUAUUUAUUUAUAUACAGAGAUGUUAAAGACUACCAGAUCUGCUCAUAAAGUUACAUGUUUAGUUUUUCAGCCUGUCCAUUGCGUUGUACAUUUUUAAUGGACUUUCCUUCUUUGUAAUUUUUCAGACGCAGCACUUUUUACAUCACUAAGAUGUAUAUCUUUGGAAUUCUGAGUUUCUUGCUGAGAUUUUUCCAAUGUUCAUGUGGUCAGAAUUUCUACACCACUAUGCCUUCAAACAUUCAGGCUCUGACUGGCUCGUGUCUGGUGAUCCCUUGUAGCUUCACUUCUCCUCAGGUGGGCUCUAAUCCAGUGGGCAUCUGGAGAAUUAACCAUUACUGGUAUGGGACAAAUGUCUUUACAGGCAGCCAACCAGCAGCGAAUUGGAGUGGCCUUAAGGUCACCAUUCUUGGUGACCUGAAACUAAGGAACUGCACCACAUUACUAGAAUGGAUCGGACCUGACAAUCAGGGAGUGUUUUACUUUAGGAUUGAAGACACUUACUUAUAUCAAAGAAAUCCCUUCAGAUACAGCUUCACUGAUGGAGUGAAAAUUAACAUUACAGGCUCUCCAAAUAGACCACUGCUGACUCCAGGAGGUCCAGUGAUGGAGGGGAUGGUCACCAGUCUGAACUGCACUGCUCCAUUGCCCUGUCCCAACCAGCCUCCAUCUCUGAUGUGGAGUGAAGCUCUGAAUGGGACGGUGCUCUGGACUGUACUCACCGGAAUAAAUGGGAGUCUUUCUGUGUCAUCCCUCCUGACCUUCACAGCUUCAUAUCGUGACCACCAGAAGAACAUCACCUGCACAGCAUGGUACCCGGUGGGGUCUGAAAACAGAAGCACAGCAGCGAGUGUAACACUGAGCAUCUGGUAUUCUCCAAAGGACACGUCAAUUGAAACAUCUGACAAAAUCCUAAUGGGAUCGUCUUUGACCCUCACCUGCAAUACCAAUGCCAACCCAGCAGCCACCUACACCUGGUUUGAAGUGAGCGACACAGCUGUCUCUGUGGUGGGAUCUGGGCAGAGCCUGACCAUCAAAGCGGUGACCCCUAGUGACAGUGGGAGGUAUUGCUGCAUGGCACAAAACCAGUAUGGAGCGGAGAACUCAAGUGCUGCCAUUGUCGAUGUGCUGUUUCCCCCCACAAACACCAUGGCCAGAUUAAAUCACACUGGUGACAUAAAGGAUGGUGACCAAGCAGCCCUCAUCUGCAACUCCAGUGCCAACCCAGCAGCCAACUACACCUGGUUUAGAGCGAAUGGAGCUGCCAUCUCACCGGCUGGAUCUGGUCAGACUCUGACUUUAACAGCAGUGACCCCUGGUGACAGCGGGAGGUAUUACUGUCAGGCCCAAAACCAAUAUGGAGGGGACAACUCAAGUGUAACAACUCUGGAUGUCCGCUUUAUGCCCCAAAACACCAAUGCCACGUUAAGUCCUACAGGCGACAUAGUAAAAGGUGCCCAGGUUAGCUUCACCUGUGCUUCCAGUGCCAAUCCAGCUGCCAACUACUCCUGGUUUAAAGUGAAUGGAGCCACCGUCUCACUGAUAAGAUCAGAACAGAAUCUGACUUUCAGAGCAGUGACCCCUAGUGACAGCGGCAGGUAUUACUGCAAGGCACAGAACUGGUAUGGGACGGAGAAUUCAUCAGUAGAAGUUCUGGAUGUGCACUUUCCCCCUUGCAACACCACAGCAAUUUUAAAUCUGACAAAUCAGAUAAUGGAAGGCGACUGGGCAGCCCUCACCUGUAACUCCAGUGCCAAUCCAACAGCCAACUACUCCUGGUUUAAAAUGAAUGGAACUGCGGGCACACUGAUGGCAUCUCAGCAGGAAUGGAUCAUCGCAGCAGUGACCCCUAUUGACAGUGGAGGGUAUUACUGUGAGGCGAGGAACUUGCUUGGAAAACAGAACUCUACAGUGGUCUCUCUGGAAGUGAUCAAACAUAUGGAGAAAAAUCCCCAAAUCUGUUUUAUAGUUUUGGGAGCCGCUACUUCUGGACUUGUAGCUUUGCUGGGGAUCUUAUGCUUGAUCAUUUAUAUAAAAAAGAGAAGACAAUCCAAUAAAGCAGCAGGAGGAGGCUCAGAAGUGAAGACCACCAAGAAAGACAAGGGCAUCCCACCAAUGGAUGAGGACACUGUGGUGUAUGUCAACAGCCAGGCCAUCAGAGAUCAAAUGAAGGAGCAUCAAGGACCGAAUGAAAAUCUGGAGUACGCCUGCCUUGAGUUUUCCAAAGAGAAAAGCAUGGAAAAGACCAGCAAGGGGGCCGUAAGGGAUCCAGUGAUCGAGGGCUCUUCAGGACAUGAGACUGUCUACUCAGAGGUCAAACAUGCUGAAAACACAAAGAAAUAUUAUGGCCACGCUGCUCCUGUGGUUAGCAACGGCCUGAUUGAAAAAGGACUGGCAGGUGACAAAAAAGGAAACAAAGUACCUGAAAAGAAAAGCAGUGAAACGAAAGCAGCAAGAGAGUUCCAUAUUCAUAAAGUUUCGAGGUCUGACGACUGCACUCUUCCUGCACAGAUGACAACUCUGAGCAGCUCCUGUCUGCUGAUCCCGUGUACCUUCGGGCCUCGUAAACCGAGCUCUGGGGCUGUUGGAGUUUGGAACAUUGGCUUUCCAUCUCAGACCCAAGUAUCCAGAGGAAAUACAUCACUAAAGGGCUGGGCAAACGUCAACGUCAGCCUUAUUGGGGAUGUGACACAAGGAAACUGCACCACGCUGUUGGAAAACCUGAGCACUUCAAACACACAAACAUAUUAUUUCAGGGUUGAAAGUGACAGCUUUAAGUACACCUAUCCAGAAGGAGUUCAGAUUAACGUGUUAGACACACCGAAUGCCCCUCUGCUCAACGCAACAAGUCCAGUGAAGGAGAACUUGAACAUCAGUUUAAACUGCAGCUCUCCACUGUCCUGUCCCAAACAACCACCCAUUCUGACAUGGAGUGACACUCUGAACGGGACGGUGCUUCAAAGUAUCACCAGCAACAAUGGGAGUCAGUCCUUAUCAUCACUGCUGACCUUUAGAGCUUCAUAUCAACUCGACAUGAAGAACAUCAGCUGCACAGUGUGGUACCCAGUGGGGACUGGAAACAGCAGUGCGUCAGCGAGUGUCCUUCUUCACGUCUGGUACACUCCAAAGAACACCGGCAUCAUCGCUAAUACUUCUACAGAUAUUUUGGAGGGCAGCACCGUGAACCUGCAGUGCACAUCCAAUGCAAACCCAGUCAGCAACUACACCUGGUUCAAGGUGAAUGGAUCUUCUGUGCUCCUGACAAGUUUUGGGCAGAACUUGACCAUCGAGACGGUGAGCCCCAGUGACAGCGGCGAGUAUUUGUGUCGGGCACAAAACGAGUUUGGAGACGGCAACUCAUCUGUGACUCUGAAUGUACAAUAUCCUCCAAAGGAAACUACUGCAUACAUUUAUCCUGCAGCUGACAUCAUGGAGGGAACUCAAGUCAUGCUGAGCUGCAUCUCGGUUAUAAACCCAUCUGGGAACUACACCUGGUUUAAAGGAAACGGAUCUGACGCCACCAGAAGAGCAGCCGGGCAGAAUCUGAGCAUCUCAGCAGCGACACCUAGUGACAGCGGGGUGUAUUACUGUCAGGCAGGCAACCAGUAUGGAGGACAAAAUUCAACAGCCGUGACUUUACGUAUACAGCCCUCGCAACUGAACACCGUGCUUCUUUAUGCACUUAUUGGAAGUGUUGCUUUCCUCUUCAUAAUUUUACUUGUGAUUUGCUUAACUUGCAGAAGGUGUAGGACGUCUAAUAAAGCAAGUCAAGAAAAUCAUCCUUCACACACAAAUAAGCAAAGCCCUAUUAACUAUGUGGACAAUGGCAUAUAUGUCAAUCACCUCGCCGUCACAGAAGACGAGAAGGAAGGGGCUCAAAGUCAAGUCGUGUACGCCGAUGUUAACUUCACGAAGGCUCAGCUAGAACAACAAAAUAACAAAACUGUGACAAAAUGGCAGCUUAAUGAAGAAACCGAAUAUGUGGAGAUCAAACGAGCUGUGAACUCCUGAGGAUGGACAGUUGUGUGGACAUUAUGAGUGAAGGAGAGCAACCUCUCCAUGUGAAACAACAGUAAAGGGACAUCAUCAGACAUAAGCGAAGACACAACGAUGAUAAUUAGAAACGUGAUCAAUUGAAAUUGAAAUAAAUAAAGUUCUGCUGUCGUUUGUUCAGGGACGUUUCUGUGUUACUGCCUGAGGUUCUCUUCAUUGCUUAGCGUUUGCCCUUUUGGGAAUCUUCUUCAAACUCUGUUAGUUCCUGAACUGGUGUCGGAGUUCUUGACUUGACGCCAUUACUGUGCGUAUAAUCCGCUCCACAGUAAGUCGACCCGACCCAAACUACAAUACAAAUAUUUUUAGCACUGGCAGAGUUUUAUUUGUUCAGACAAGACAUUUGAAUGCCACGUUUGCAAAGGUAACACAAAUACAUAUGGAAGAUUAUUUGUGUCAAAAUUAAAUGCAAUCCAUCAGGUAAGCAACAUUGAAAUACAAUACAUAUUUGAUUUUGCAGCAGUUUUAUUAGAUCACAAUUAAAAACAUAUCGAUCAAGUGAUUGAAUGCUUUUCAUAUGGCGUGCAAUUUUCACGUCAGUUUAAAAUGCUGCACAAAAGCGUAUUGCAUUUUAAUUCACGUCCACAAAUUGCAUGUUGUAACUAAAAGCAAAGCAGGCGUUUUGCAUUCCUCUUAAUGGCUGCUCCGUGUGUGUUGCAUUUCAAUUCGAGACCUCACUUUAAUAGCCAAAAGUCAUCAAAUGACCAGGCAGCAUCAGCAUUAGGGCUGCCAUCUCUCUUUCUCUGGAAGUGAGGACAUUUGGGUCAAGAAAUGAGGACUUUUGAGGACGCCUUUCCCUAGGAUGCCAUAGUAGGCCUUUCUACUGUCUUAUGGUUUUUUCAAAUGAUAUAAACCUUUAGUCGCAAAUUAUCACUAUAAUGAUGGCCACCAUCAGUGUCACUGGCCAACUAAUAAGCCAUUCAAUAUUUUAAAUAUGUCAAGCCUCUUAAAUUAACAGACUUCAUUCCUUCCAUUCUUAUUUAGAUAGCUUAACUGUCGUAACCUUGUAAAAAACGAUACACAUGGAGAAUUCACUUCUAGUAAAAUAAAAAUCAUUUUACUCUUUUCAAGUUUAUUUGCAUUUAUCUACAUUCUUUUAAAUUUUUCCACUGAAGUUAUUUUUCACAGUAAAUCUGAUAUAAUCUGAUAAACCUGAUAAAACAAAGAUUUGUUGCUCAAAUAGUCUGUGAACUUGCACUUUCUUUUUGCCUUAAUGGGUAUUUGUGAAUUGGUG